AUGUGCAGAGCCGGUGCCGAAUUCCAAAAACUGGAGCACAGCGGGGGAAGAAGAUGUUGCCACCGAUUUGCCAAGUUGCGACCUGUGAAAAUGCGCGUUCCAUCGUCAGUCGCGGCUGGGCUAAAAUUAGACAACGGCAUAAAUUAUGUAAAGUGUGCUGCUGCCCGAAAUAACGCGUCGAUCGCGCCAAUUUAUCGCUUGAACAGCAAUUCCAACAGCCGAGCGCCAGUCUUGCUGGAGAGUAUCCCCAGAAGCGGUAGUAGCAUUAGCAUAAGUGGCCCCAGUGGCGGUGACGACCUAGCACAACAGCAACGAGAAGACAACAGUAACAGAUACAGCAGUCUCCAAAGUAGACCUCGGGGUCGUCGUCGCGGACGUCGACGGCCAAAGUGUGUCUGGAUGUGGCGGCGCUGGUUCAACUCUCUCCCAUCCUUGGUUUCCUCCCUUCUAGUUUCCAUUCCCGCCAAUCUACCAUCCCCUUCGUCGCCGACGACAGUACCUGUCCACCUGUCACAGCUGCGACCAUUGCAGCAGAAGAAAUAUAAAUCCCAGAAAUCCCUCUGUCAAGCCGACAGUGUUGCCAGCUAUGCACGUAAAGAAGCAGAAGAAGAAAAAGAAGAAAACGAUAAUCUUAGUGCGGUGGCGGUGAAUGGCAGUGGUAGUGAAUGUGAAAACAGUGAUUACAGUCAACCACGAGUGACAACGGGAAGUGGCAGUAGCAGUAGGGGGCGGUGGCAUCGUCCCGCAAGGAGUUGUCACCGAUCGUCGUCGUCGUCGGUGCUCGGUGGUAUCUUCGGUGGCAUCGAUGUUAAGUUGGUGCUGGUGAUUAUGGUGCUAAUUGGCGUUAUUGAUUACUCGGAAGCCGGUACCUGCUGGCUCCGACGGAUAGAGAGCACGGGCAAGUGCAACAAGCUGUUCGCCCGCAAUGUCACCCGGGAGCACUGCUGUCAUGCCGGAACUGGUCUCGGCUUCUCCGACCAGGACAUCACCGACGUACAGAUCUUCUUCGUGAACGCCUUCAACGACGGGAUGGACUGCUCGUCCUGUUUGGCGAAUGGUAUUUCUCCAUCCACAGAUAGCUGCGAGAAGGCCAAAUGCGGUGUCAACAAGCGUUGCGUCAUGAAGAAAGGUCGACCGAAGUGCAUCUGUGCGCCAAACUGCAAGGCUCCGAAACAGGCCAAGCCGCUGACCAAUCAGAGCAUCAAAGUGAUCAAUUUGAGCGAAAGCCAACGAAACCGAAGACAGUAUUUUUCGUCCGGGCCGCGAGUUGCAGCCUCCCGGAUGACACCACCAUCACCGUUAAAGCAAGGGGGUGGAUCCAACAACAAACGUAGCGUUCGGCUACUGGGCGACGAACCGUCAUCCCACCAGCACCAUUCGAGGACUGUAAAAACUAGCCUAAGUGAGAAAACGAUAAGCCAAAGAAGUAGUAAUGGUAAGCUAGCUAACUCUAAGCGUAAGGAUAAUUUAUUGGAAACUGUGACAUUAGUUAAUAGUAGAAGCCGAGGGGAUGGCGGUUCACGCAUGGUGAAUCACACCGAAAGACCAACCGAUCGAAUGGUUUUAAUGGCGGACGGUCCAGUGCAGAUCAAUAGCUACGCUAGAAAGAGCCGUUUUGACAUGAAGCAGCCCAUUCUGGUGACGAGUUCGAGCGCUAACGUGCGGCACCGAAACCGGAAAGUCUCGAAUGGCUACAACCAAACCGAUGUAGCGACCCACCGAGUUCACGAUGAAUCUUCAUCGCGAACACCACAACAUCACAGUCGAGACUUUGGAAAACCUCGAUUGUUACGACUGGAAUCGUCCGGGAAGGAUAACCAAACCGUCGAUGCGCGGGUUCCUCGACGGCCUCCUCACCUGGAGGAGAUGUUCUACGUGCCACAGAACCGCCGGGGUCGACUGCGUGGAGGUGAUUUCGACUUUGGCAAUGAAAUUACGCAACACACGGGAUUCUACAACCCCGUUUGUGGCACCGAUGGCAAAACGUACAAAACCGAGUGUCAGCUGAAGAAGCGGGCCUGCCGGCAGGAGAGCACAACCCUCGUGAUGGCCUACAAGGGACACUGUCAGACAUCCUGCCGGUUCGUUCAGUGCCCGGACGGUAAACAUUGCGUCGAAGAUCAAAACUCCACGCCUCACUGUGUGACCUGUACGAUGGACUGCCCACCGGUGGACACCCGGACAUCGGCUUCAGCGACAAAGGCCGUCGUCUGCGGCACCGAUGGAAUCACCUAUCGGAACAUCUGCGAGCUCAAGCGGAAGGCCUGCCUCACCGGUCGGGCCAUUCCAGUUGCCUACCGGGGACGUUGCAUUGAAGCCGCCACAUGUGAUACCAUCAAAUGCAAGGAUCGACAGCAGUGCUUGACCGAUCUGCAAAGCCACAAUCCGCGCUGCGUGAGCUGUAGCUAUAAGUGCCCCCGGACCAAGCGGCCCCAGCAGGGCCGUACCCGUCAGUUCGGAGGCAACCACGGUGGUGGAAACCAGCAGCGCAACCAACACCACCAGCCCAAUGUCAAACUGUGCGGCACCAACAAUCACACCUACCACUCCUGGUGUCACAUGCUGCGGGAUUCGUGCAACACCGGAUUCUACAUCGACGUACAGUACAAUGGGGUGUGCAACUUCGAACGAAGCCUCGCAUCGCCUUCUAUUCUGGCGCAUUCCGUUGGCAGUGUCAAACCAUAACAUCACCUGCCACAGCCUAAGCUGGCCACUUUGAACGCGUUGGAUCCCGCCGUUUGGCAUCUGCUGGCUUAAUUUUUCGGAUUUUAGUACGAGCAACUUAUACCAAAAACAAACAGAAAAUAAUUUUUGCAGUAGUUGAUGUUUCAAAGAUGUAAAAAGUAGGUUAUGUCGUUCAGUGUCUAUAGUAGUGUCCAAUACAAUCACAGCAAAAA